UCUUUUACUUAACCCUAAGUAUACCGAAAUUUGAUAAUCCGAACCUUAAAAAUCCCUGUUCUUCACUCUUUUUUGUCUUAAUGAUACAUUGCAUCUCUACUUUCUCUGGGAUCCUGUAAAUUGUAUUGGGCGGCUUCUAAAAAGCAAAGAUAGUCAACAAAUACAAAAACCCACGAGGUAAUAUAACUUUGUAGACAAAGGGGCAAAGGAUCUUAUUUAUGCCCACUUACAGAUUUCAUCUUCUUUUGUUAUUUCUUUGUUUUUGCUUGGAUUCAUCUUUCAUCAGCCAUUUAAAAAGAGUAUAAAGAAAAAACCCUUUUUGUUUUAGAAAGGGAAAGGAAAAGAAAUUCUAACUUCCAUGGCAGGAUGGUCAAGUUUAACAAAUGGGUCUGGUUUAGAUUGUGUAAGUCAUGUAACGAAGGAUAGUGUUGAAGAGUUUUGUGAUCAUAAAGAUAGAUUGAGAUGCUUGUUUGAUCUGGUUCUUUCUGGCUAUUUAAAAGAAGUUACUGGUAAGGGUUUUAUCAGGCCUAUGCCACCAAUGCUGGGGAAUGAUAUGCAAUCACCAGAUUUACUCAAGCUUUUCCUUGUAGUUAGGGAGAUUGGUGGAUAUGAGUUUGUGUCGAAAAAGGGACUAUGGGCUUUUGUGGUGAAAGAAUUAGGGUUGGAUCUUGAGGUUUCAGCUUCGGUUAAAUUGAUUUAUGCCAAGUAUUUGCAUGAGCUUGAAAAAUGGUUGAAGAAGAGAAAUAGAGAAGGUUCGGAUGUUGGGAAUUUUGGCUUCUUGUCAUUAGAGCAUGAAGAGGAGUUUAGGGGUUUGUUUACUAAUGGGGUUCGUCCAAAAGUGGUGGUAAAUAGAGUGGCUCUAUUGGAAUAUGUAAAACAUGACCAGUUCAUUGGUAUGGAUGCUGCUAACCGGUUGAAAUGUAGAUUGCAAAUGUUUGGUGAUUACGAGGAAAAAGAAAGAGUAUGUAGAAAUGAUUUCGGUCCACCUUUUCCUCAGAAAGAAUUUACUACUCGUAAAAGAAAGAGAGAAUCUUUAUCAGGAAUGUUGAAUUGGGUAAUCCAGGUUGCUAAAUGUCUGGAUGAUCCUUCAGCAGGGGCGAUAUUGGAGCCUUCCAAGUGGAAAGAUCACGUUGGCAAUGAAUUUUGGAUACAAGCCAUUAGAGCACGCGAAGCUUUAAGGCGGAAAAGGGAUGAUCGUUCAGUUGUUGAACCGUCUCUGUCGCAGAAGAACCGUAAGAUGCAUCCAUCCAUGUUCGAUGAUACAUCUCUCCAUCACCAGUUUGCGGAGAGGUUAAGAUCAUGCUCUUGUUGCAUUUCUGCUUCAACCUUAGAGAACAACUUGAUGUGUCUCAACAGUACAAAGUCUGAAUGUGGUCCUGAGGAGCAACCUGUUGUAGCUAUGGACUUAUCAUCGUUGGAUACAAGUAUGGCUGCAGAGCCAUCUGUGGAUGAUUCUUUCAGAAGACAAGUGUUUGUAGGUCCUCGCUUUCAAGCUGAAGUCCCUGAAUGGAGUGGAAUAGUUUCUGAUACUGAUUCCAAAUGGCUAGGCACAUUGGAAUGGCCCGUGAAAUGUGAAGAACAUAAUUCAUUGGCUGUAACAGAUCAAAUUGGUAAGGGAAGACCAAAUUCAUGUAGCUGUCAGAUUCCAGGCUCUGUUGAAUGUAUUAGACUUCAUAUUGCUGAGAAAAGGAUGAAAUUAAAGCUUGAACUGGGCUCAGUGUUCUAUCGUUGGAAAUUCGAUGGGAUGGGGGAGGAAGUCACACUUCGGUGGACAGCUGAAGAAGAAAAGAGAUUCAAAUACAUGGUUCAGUUCGAACCACCAUCAUUAAAUACAUUCUGGCCUAGUGCGUCCAAGUUUUUUCCCGGUAAGACUAGGCAAGACGUGGGAAGCUAUUACUUCAAUGUAUUUCUUAUCCGGCGUAGAAGUUAUCAGAACCGUGUGACUCCUAAAAGUAUUGAUAGUGAUGAUGAUGAAACGGAGUUUGGGUGCAUAAGUGGUAGUCUUGGAAGUGAAGCCGUAAAGGUUCCUGGAUCAAAUAUGCUGACAUGUUUUCAAAACAGUCAGUGUAUCAACUGGGAGUAGGACGAACACCGAUAGAUUAAAAUCUGAACCCACUCUCUUUGAACCAAAUAUCUGAACCUUAUCAAAAUCUCUUUGGGAUAGGGUGAUGACACCAAUGAUGCUAUGAUGGUGUCUUGGACCUGGCUUUAUAGUUCAUUGACACUGGUCAAUGAAUUUACAAAUGAGCUAAUGUGCACUACCUGUAUCAGCAAAAGCUUUAUCUUUUGCUGCAUUUACAUCUGUGAAUACUGCGAUCCCACCAUUGCUGCUAUCCUUGUGUUUAAUUUGCCUGUCACUGCAGUUUUUGUUGAAAAUCUUCACAAACAGAUUCUUCUCAUGAAUUGUCCUCUUAUUCAGUGUCUAAUUUUACUUUUGUACUGUCUCAAACCUGGACAUUCAUGAGAAGAAUUUGGUUUUCAUGUUCAACUUCAAAUUUGAUUAUUAGUUGUCCACUACCUUGAACUACAAGUAAACAAGCUUGAUUUUUAUGCUCGUCUUCAAAUUCAA